AUGGACUCUCCCAACUCCCCAAAUUUCUCCCGUCCUCUUCCUCCUCCCUCAUCUCCUCGCAGACCUCCUCCUCCACUAUCCUACCUACCUGGACACAAUCUCCCCGUCUCAGUCCCCGAACUGAGCGAGGAACUCGCCCUCCGCGCUUCACUAGACGGCAACCUGGACGAUAUUCACUACCCGGCAAAACCAAUCCCCGACCCGCAAUCCUCAACCAAAAUCCCACAAAUCCCACGCCACAUGAUCUCCUCACCUUCUCCCAAUUUUCCAUCCCACCACCUUCGCACCACCAUGUCUUCCCCCCAGCUUCGUCGCUCAGCUACCUCUCCCGAUCUUUCAGCUCCUCCAGUCUCACCCAUCCCCGAAGAGCAAGAAUACACACCCAACCGCAAUGGCGCAAUCAGUCGCACAGAUCGCUAUUCACGAGUCCUUCCCGCAAUUCUUCCUCAUCCAUCAACUCCACCACCACCAAUCCCCUCCUCCUCCUCAACCAACCUCUUCACUUCCUCCCGCCCCAGUAACCUCCGACACGUAACAUUCGCGCACGAAACCUCCGAUCUCUCACUCACCCCUUUGAUUCCCUCUCAAACCUCUCAAGACUCCUCCCUCCCCACCGAAACCACCAAAAAAUCCCGUUUCAACCUCACCCUCGCGCAUCAAAAGAUGCACAAAGCAUUUUCCACCCUGCGAACACACACGCAGACCCUCUCUCCAAAACCUAGUUUGAUUCUGCGAAAAAAGUCUUCCAGUUCUGCGCUCUUUGGUUCGGGCUCUGGCUCUUCUCCACUCUCUGCUUCUCAAGCAUCGACAGAUGAACCUACGAGACCGAAAACCGCACCGUCGUCCUCAUCAUCUUCUUCUUUUUCCGGAUUUGGAAAUCCUUUUUCGGGGAUGCCGGGUGUGUUUAUGAAAGAUACAAAGGAUAAGGAGAAGGAGAAAGAGAAGAAAGAUGCGAGAGCAGGAAAAGAAAUGCAGAUCGGUGCGCCAACUGGAAUGGUGAAGAAGACACCCGAGGAGAUUCAACAGAUGUUGAGAGACAUGGGGGUGAGGAGUGAGGAUUUAGCGUUUGUUUCAGGUUCUUCGGCUUCGGCUUCAUCUUCGGCUGCUGCGCAUCUUGGCUCUGAAGUCUCACCACCUCCCACUCCUCAAAAUCACAAUCCCCACAGACCCCCCCCAAUCUUAAGCGCCAACCAAAAAGGCAAACUCCCUGCUCUACAUGCUGUCCCGCCAGCCCCGAACCCUCACUUCACUCGUCCCCUGCGUUCUUCCUCGCUCUCCGUCCCCCAAGAUCUCACUACUAAGCCCCUCGGUUGGUAUAGCAUUGCUCCUCUCGAUUCUAUUAGCGCUACGCUUCCGAAAAUAAGAAAGGAGAAUUUAUUGAAGAAUGAGGAGAUUGAGGGGUAUUUUGAGGAGGUGAAGAGGAAUUUUGAGAGUUUAGAGGAUGGAAAGUCAGAGAGGAAGAGAGACAAUGAGGAGGAAGAAACGAAGAGGGAUAUUGAGAGGUUGAGGAGGGAGUUUGUUGCGAAAGAGAAUGAGAAUGAGGAAGGGGAGGAUGGCGAUGGUGAUGAUGAUGAUGAGGACGACGACGAAGAAGAACCAUACAUCUGGGGCCAAUACGGCAAGCCAAAUCCAGAUUUCGUAGAUGGCGGCUGGGCACAAGAAGAAACUAGUAGUGCGGGGGUUGGAGCACGUUGGUUUGUAUUCAAUGAUGUGGAGAAAGUGUUGGGGGGACCAAAGUGUCCGAUUACACAUGCGGUUGAUGGGUUUGAGGAUGAAGAUACUGAUGUGGGAGAGAGGGAGGGAGAGGUUGUGGGAUAUACUGAGGGAGAUGAGGAUGGAGAGAUUUUAAUUGGGAUUGAGAGAGAGGAGAUAAAUGGUACGCUUUUGAGUCCGAUUCAAGAGGGAUUUGGAGAGGGAGAGGAGGAAUUUGAUGAGGAUGCGCGACAGCUUUCUCAGGAGGAGAUAUUGAGGAGAGAGGGAUUACUUUGA